ACAUAACCUGAUGUAAUCCGUGACAUUUUUAUUAUAAACUAAAGUUAGAUUUCUCUGUGGGAUUUCGCGAUCCAUUGCUCUACCGCCGGUGCAACCCAAUAGUGAGACAGUAACCGCGGCAGCAGUGGACCGCGCCCGUCUAUUAGCUCAGUCUUGCCAACUUUGUUUAUAAUAAAAAUAUAAAUAUUAUGCAAUAUCUGCACUACGCUAAACAUUCUCAAGCUAUUCGUAAAUAAUUGUGUUCGUGUAUUUUGUUAAUUUUGUUCUUUCCCCUUUAAUUUUAGUUGGUUUAAUAUCAGUUGUGCACCUUUUCUUUCCUUUUCCUAAAUGUAUCAUUUAACCACCCUUAAUGUAAAAAUUUGAAUGUUUAACUAAAUAUUUCGCUAAAUAAAUCCCGUGGUGCGGUGCCGCGCACUUUAUUUUUAUUUUUGUUUUUAUUUUAUUAUAAACUCAGACUAAGUGUAGUCUGGCAACUAAAUUAUAAAUAAUGUUUUAAUUUUAAAUCUUGAUCAAAAUUACAGCUUUUAAUUUUCUUCGUGGAAUUAGAUCUUUUCUGUUUCUUUACUUUCUCUUCCUUAUUAUUUAUAUAUUAUGUAUUUGUUGACUAGCUACACUCCUGCAGGCGCGACUCGAGCUGUACAGACACGUGCAGGAUGGACUAUUGGCACUCAAGUAGUUAGCACUCAACUGUUGAGCAGCAAACUUACCGCUUCGGUAUCACAGCACUGAUACGUUCAAAAUCAAUUUGGACUCUAUUGCCUUAGAAAUAAAGAGGAAUCACUUAAGUUGUAAAGUGAAGUAAUUCGGCCACGCUUGUAGGAACCACGGGGACCGCGGCCCGCACCAGACACCAUCAUUUUAUUUAUGUUUCUUAUGUUUAUUUGAUCAUGCUUCUUAUGUUAAGUUCACGCAGAUGAGGAAAUUAUAAAAACUAUUUUGGUCGUGUACGUUGAUUGUAAUGAAUUGUUGAUAUGUCUUGUUCAUGUGAAUUUGUGUUGUGUAAUCGGGACUUACCGCCGCGCCCGCACUCGCCUUCGUGCUUGGAACGGUGGCUGCCCACCAAUAUGUGACACCCGACCCCAAACAACAGCUAGACGUACCGUAGCUCUAGUUAUACUGGCCGAUUGUGCAUGAAGGUAAUAAAAGCAUUCCUUCAACGAAUGCUGGAGACGGAAUACUCGGUACAGUUAACGUUCCGAGAACAGUGGUUAGAUGAGCGCCUCAAGUUCAAUAAUUUGGGAGGUCGCCUCAAGUACUUAACCCUGACAGAAGCCAACAGAGUCUGGAUGCCGGAUCUCUUCUUCUCCAACGAGAAAGAAGGUCAUUUCCACAACAUCAUCAUGCCAAACGUGUACAUUAGGAUCUUCCCUAAUGGCAAUGUGCUGUACAGCAUCCGAAUCUCCCUGACGCUGUCGUGUCCUAUGAACCUGAAGCUGUAUCCUCUGGACAAGCAGACCUGUUCGCUGAGAAUGGCCAGCUACGGCUGGACGACAGACGACUUGGUGUUCCUGUGGAAGGAGGGCGAUCCAGUCCAGGUUGUGAAGAACCUACAUCUGCCGCGGUUCACUCUAGAAAAGUUCCUCACUGACUACUGUAACAGCAAGACUAAUACUGGUGAAUACAGUUGUCUGAAAGUAGACCUGCUGUUCAAGCGCGAGUUCAGUUACUACCUGAUCCAGAUCUACAUCCCAUGCUGCAUGUUGGUCAUCGUGUCCUGGGUGUCGUUCUGGCUGGACCAGGGAGCGGUGCCUGCUAGAGUUUCACUAGGUGUAACGACACUGCUCACGAUGGCGACCCAGUCAUCAGGUAUCAACGCCUCCCUGCCUCCAGUGUCCUACACCAAAGCCAUCGACGUCUGGACAGGCGUGUGCCUCACCUUCGUCUUCGGAGCAUUGCUAGAGUUCGCUCUAGUGAACUAUGCGUCUCGCUCUGACAUGCAUAGAGAAAACAUGAAGAAAGCGAGAAGGGAGAUGGAAGCAGCCAGCAUGGACGCUGCCUCCGACCUCCUCGACACAGAUAGCAACACCACGUUUGCUAUGAAACCCUUGGUGCGCGGCGGCGUGGUGGAAUCCAAGAUGCGGCAGUGCGAGAUCCACAUCAACCCUCCGCGCAAGAACUGCUGCCGGCUCUGGAUGUCCAAGUUCCCCACUCGCUCCAAGAGGAUAGACGUCAUCUCGAGGAUCACCUUCCCGCUUGUGUUCGCCUUAUUUAAUUUGGCUUAUUGGUCGACGUACCUAUUCCGCGACGAAGACGAAGAGAAGUGAUUUUCCGAGUCGCUGGAGAGAGGCGCGGUGCCGCGGCUGCGGCUGGCGGCGGCGGUGGUGGUGCCGUACGUGGUGUUCGUGCUGGCGUACGCGGUGUGCUUCCGCGUGCGCGACCUGCCGCCGCCGCCGCCGCCGCCGCUGGACGAGGCCGCGCCCCCCGCCCGCCGCCCCGGCCCCCGCCGCGCGCCCCGCGCCCGCCCAUCGUAGCUGCUCCAUGAACUCACCCUCAUUCUAGACUAAGGUUCUGUGUAUUCAGUUACUCACCGUCUUCCUCGAGGCAGCGUCAUUCCCCCUCAGUAUUCGUUAGUGCGUUAGUGGAGCUCGAAGUGUCUGUAUAUACGUACGUGUUCUGGUGCCGUAUAGUACGCUGAAGGCUUCCAUUACCGAAAUGUGAGAGAUUUCUAAUAGUGACUCAAUACUUCAAUGCUAAAUCGAACCAUAGUAACGCGAGGCCUGCACCCGAUUUCCGACAUUAUUGUGUACAAAAAUAUUUUAAUUUCCGAGAAUUAAAAAUUUUCGAUAAUUUUACCAAAGAUAUGAGUCCUUGUAUGGAUUCGUAUGUAAUGUAACCUAGGGUAAGACAUUAUAUAAACCUCAUAAGUGAUUAUUUCAUGAUAUUUUAGCCCUUUAAGUGUUAGAUAUCUAAGGACUAGAAAGGCACUAAUGUUUACGGGAAGGGUAACAGUUUACAAUGUAAGGAUUACUUUAGUAGACCGUAUAUAGGGGAUAGCGUUCGGUUUAACUCCGGGUUAGGACUUAGGUACUGUCAAAUUGUUCCCAGGUAUGUAAACUGCCAAACGUAUGUAGCUACGAGUACUUGUGAUCAAUUUUGACAACAUUUUUUUAUUUUGUAUCGAGUCAACUACCGUUGGCGGCCUUAAUUUUUCAAAUCAACCAAUUCGUGCUAAUCAUAGAUAAGGUAGAGUUGUUUGUCUAUGGUAGCCGUCAGUGGCCUAGUGACGUAUCGAGUAGGCAUCAAGUGUCGCCGUGAGGUAACACAUAAAGUGGCAAGAAGGAAUUUAUAAAAUCAUUGAAUAUUAUUAGAUAAGUAUUAUAAUUAAAAUGGUGCUGUCUU